AUGAUCGCUGGUGAAACAGCAGUGGCCUACGAUGAGUGUUUCACGCUCAGCAUUGUAACGGGCCAAACCAUCGGCAUUGGUGCCUUCCUGGUCGGUUUAGGAAGACGAAUCAUUCAGAUUGCGAAAUCGCAUAUCAUUCUGACGGACAUUACGGUGCUCAACAAGCUGCACGGAAGUCAAGUGUACACUAGUAAUGACCAACUUGGUGGUAUUAAGGUAGACGUACUUUACCAACAUGUUCAUCGUCUUUUCAUCAAGGUGAUGGCAAAAAGCGGUAUGUGUCACCUUGUCGUUCCAGAUGAGUUUACGGCGAUCCAGCAGAUGGUUAACUGGCUGUCAUUUGUUCCGCUUAAGCGGGGUGCCCGUCUCCCACUCCUGCGCCAACCAGUUCCUACAUCCAUUUGCGCAGGCGGUGUUGAUCCAAUCGAUCGACCGGUGGAGUAUAUUCCCUCUCGUGAGAGAACCAAUGAUGAUCCUCGAUGGAUGUUCACAGGAGUACUAAGUGGCCAGUUUGAAUCGACGCUCGACGAUGACGAUAUACUCGAGGCGUCAACUGAAAAGGACCAACAGUGGUUGUCUGGGUUCUUUGAUUGGGGUUCCUGGCAGGAGCUGCAUGGAUCGUGGGCAACGGGUGUAAUUGUGGGUCGAGCACGUCUCGGCGGCAUUCCCUGUGGUGUGAUCACUCCUGAGACCCGCGUUUCUGUCAAUCAAGUGCCAGCAGAUCCCUCCGAUCCGGUCUCUAAAGAACAGUCAAUUAAACGGUAUGGACGAGUUUGGUAUGCGGACACCUCGUACAAGACGGCUCAGACCAUCGCGGACUUUGCUCGAGAGGAACUGCCUCUUUUUGUGUUUGCCAAUUGGCGUGGCAUCUCUGAAGUUGGUGAUUUUGCCUUUCAGAUUCUCAAGUUCAGUACGAUGAUUGUGGAGGAGCUGAUAACCUACCCAUGUCCAGUUUUCGUUUACCUACCUCCACACGCAGAACUAAGAGGUGGUGCUUGGGUCAUUUUUGAUCCGGCAAUCAACCCAGACCACGUGGAGUUAUUCUGUGCUCCUGACACUUGCCGUGGUGGUGUCAUGGCACCUGAAGGGACGGUGGAGAUGAAAUUUGGCGCUGCUGAUCUUGUAACUACCAUGCAUCGACUGGAUGACGUUUGCAAAUCUCACCUAUUAGACCUCCAUAUUUCAAAGGCGGGACCGUUUUACCUUAGUGCGUUCGCGCAGUUGGUAAAUGACCGGCUCGAGGAGCGACAUGAGAAAUUGUUGCCGAUUUAUCAGAAGGUUGCUCUUCAAUUCGCUGAUCUGCACGACACACCAGGUCGCUUGAUGGCUCGUGGACUGGUGAGCGCUUGUGUGGAGUGGCGAUCUAGUCGUGCAUUCUUCUUCGCUCUUCUGGCCCGACGUCUCCUGGAGCAGGAGGCUGUGAAGUGUUUGCAGCAAGCCAAGAUCCCCACUGUCAUGGCGACCAAGCAAGCCGACUGUGAAUCCUGUCCACUUUCACAGGCAAUCGACGACGUCCCAGCAGCGAAACUACUUGAAGGUAUUGUUCCAACACUGAGCGCGAAGGCGAGCGUCGAUGUGCCAACCGAGAGCAGUGAGGAAAUCCAACUUCUGAAUUCUGCGGAAGCCGCCUGUCAAAUCAUCGCGGAAACGGAGGCCCAGCGGAGUGCUUCCAUCCGCCGUGAUUUGUCGCACCUGCGUCAGUGGUUCAUCGAGGACUCACGACACCUGUCUGCGGAGGCCGCGGCGCAAGCUUGGGAGCAGCGCCACGUGACCGUCGCUCACUGGCUGGCUACUCAGCUGAAGCACGAACAGCUGCGUGAAGCGCUCUCGGGACUGCGUGACCUUCAGCUGGACUCGGAGUCGUCGGUGUGGAAACUGGCAGAGACUACGGCAGCUCAUGGCGAUUCCACCGAAGAACAGCCGACCACAUCCGGAUCGUUGCCGUUUAUUCUGCCGCGACUAGAUGAUAUGAAGAAGGACCAGAUUGUGAAUCACAUCUCACAGUUUCUGGAACAGCACCCGGAUUGCGUCGACAGACUUUUGAAUUCCUUCCGGGGCCUCCAGGUGGCGCGCUCGGAUCCAGUAACUGCCACAGACCCUCAAGGUUCGACGUCAUCGUCCGAGGCCGCUGCGGACACAGAAACUACCCACAGGGACUGCUGA